AGCUAGUAGUUAAGGUGAGUAGUAGUAGAGAAUGGCUGAGUCUAAAGAAUUACGGGGGUUUAAAAUACCGUCAGAAUGCGUUGAUAAUUAUGUUGAUGGUGGUCGAUCUAAAGUUACCGAAUACGAGCUAAAGGAAAAAGGGAAACUGCAAUUUCAGGAAAGUCUGAGGUCGGUGUCGGAACUUAAUCACCCACGAAGCAUCAGUCGCUUCCAUCCAACGUUACCGGUUCUUGCCUGUGGGGUCAACGGAAAAGUGAUCCUGUUUAGUGCGGCGGAUGGAUCCAUUGCGUUUAGCCAUUGGCAGGAAAGUCGAGUGAAACUUGGAAAACGUCAAACUUUGACAGAGUUUACUUAUUUUGCCGCAAUUGAAUGGAAUGUUGAUGGAACUCUACUGGCAGCCGGUGACGAUGCUGGUGGAGUUGUCGUGUGGAGUUAUCCGGAAGGCGCAAUUCUUUUUGAAGCAAGGAAACACACAGCUCAUUCAGUGAUUGGAAACAUCCAGUGGAAUCCAUUCAGGCAUGACGUAUUGUCAACUCGGAAUAUUUACGAAAAGAAGCUGCUUUUGUGGAAUUCGUCCAGUGAAAGAAAUCUGUUCUACGAAUUUGAAUAUGAGAUCGAGAUAAGGGGAGUCGCGUGGAUCUCUGAAUCUCAAAUCGCCUUGUCAUUUGAAUCGGGAUUGAUUGAGAUUUACGAAAUAGACGAAGGCCAACCAACAGCGAAAACCCGAGUAGUCCAGCGACUACAACACGAUUCAGGUGUGACGUGGGGUGGCAUACAAUGGAGUGACAAGACGAAACAUUUGGCAACAUGUUCGAGGGACGGAUCGAUCAAGAUCUGGGUCAUGGCAAGUGACCAGCCAAUCCAUAGUUUCGAGUGAAGUUCAGGUUGUUGGCUAGGAUGUUUUGCGAUGUUAAUACCCCGGAGUGGGAAAUCAGACAACGAUAGCGAAUUGCCAGAAAACUUCAGUUUGGCAUGUGGAUUAGAAGACGGAUCUAUUGCGAUUUGGAGUCCGCUGACGAAAAGUGAACAAUCGAGGCAUCGAAUUCUUAAUUUUGGCCCAGAAAACGAAAUAGUGAUUGAUUCCCUCUCGUUUUCACCAGACGGCCGGUUGCUGGCAUCAUUAGUAGGCGACGAAGACGGCAAUCAGUUGAUUAUUUGGUCGACUACGACUUGGAUGCCCGUUUUCGCCAAUAGAAUCCAUGUCUAUUACCCUUUCUGGUUGUCAUGGUUGACCAUGGAAUCGCAGUCGGGAGUGUAUUAUAAGUUAGCUAUUCCUCAAUAUGUUAAACGUCAAGAUGAGUUCUAAUUGCUGUCCUUUGAAAUACUUUGUGCUUGAAGGUAUUUGUUGUUGAACUCAUGCCAACGGGCUCCAAUGUCCAUUCACAUUCCUGAUGCAAGAAAAACAAAGAAAACUGAACUGCAAAAAUAUUAGGAAAGUACCCUGUGGGAAAAUUAGAUUCGAUUUAGUCUUAAAUUGACUCCCAACAUUAUUAAGUGCACAACAUUUUAAGCUUAUAACAAGUUGGUAAUUUAAGCUGACAAGAUCACAAAACAAUGAAAAGCCGUCUCCACCGUGCUCUCUUUAUCACUUAAUAUGGACGUCCUUCGUUGUGCUGUUAACUAAUAGUGCAACGGAUUGUCAUAACGUCAAUAAAAAAAGGAAAUAUUUGAA